AUGGCUCUGUUUGCAGGUUCCAAGGCCGACGAGGAGGAAUACGACAACUUUGGCGUCGAUUGGGUUGUCUAUUACGAGUUUGAAGAUGUCGAUUCCUCCCAGGCCACUGAGGAGUUCCGCUCGCUCAUCCACGAUCUCGAAGCCGCCGGUUUACGCACUCAAGUCCGACAUGGAUAUGGGGCAUCCCUGCUCAUCUGCAUCAAAGUCCCCCGCGACCACCUGGGAAACAUGGUCUACAAGUCCAGAGUAAAGGAUUGGUUGUACGGAAUCAUCCACGAAUUUCCCACCGGAGGCCCCGACACAAUCGCCGAGUCUGAAACCCCCGCCGAAGAACUCCGAUCGGUCUAUCACGCCGUCAGCUGGCAACCAGAAUUGGGAGGAGCUGGCAUCCACCCGGGCCAUGGCAAGUGGGAGAAUGUCUCGGCAGCCUUUCCGCUGCAUAACCAGGCGGCCAAUGCAGAGCUGCUGCGGAAAUGGAGUCGUACCACACGCUUGACGGAUCAGGAUUUGGACGCCAUCCGGGCGCUGUUUGGAGAAAAGGUCGCCUUCUAUUUCGCCUUUAUCCAUUGCUACUCUGGGUUUCUGAUCUUCCCUGCGGCCUGGGGAAUCCUGUGUUGGUUUUACUUUGGGCCGUACUCCAUCACCUCCGCCAUCGUCAAUUGCAUCUGGUGUAUUGUGUUUGUCGAAUACUGGAAGGUCCGCGAGGAGGACCUCAGUUUCCGGUGGAACGUCAAGGGCGUGGGAGUCCUUAAAGUCGACCGGAUCGAAUAUGUCUGGGACAAGGAGGUCAGAGACCCCGACACCGGUCGGAUGAACAAGGUGUUUCCCGCCCGCAAGCAAUUCCUCCGCCAGCUGUUGUUUAUUCCCUUUGCGACCGUGGCCUGUCUGGCACUGGGCACGUUGAUUGUCGUCACCUUUGGCUUCGAGGUGUUUAUUUCCGAAGUCUACAAUGGUCCGUUCAAGGAAUACCUCGAGUUCCUGCCGACCGUGAUCUUUUCGCUCUCUUUACCAGCUAUUUCCGCUUUCCUUACCAACAUGGCCACUCGGUUGACCAACUACGAAAACUACCGCACACAAGACCAGUACGAUCUGGCCCAGACGCAAAAGACGUUUGUUAUGAAUUUCAUCACCUCCUUCCUUCCGACGAUCCUUACGGCGUUUGUCUAUGUUCCUUUUGGCGCCAAGAUCGUCCCUUACCUCAACAUUCUUCAUUGGGUGGGCAUCAAAACGUCCAUUGAUGUGGGCGACUUUCACGUCGAUCCCUCUCGCCUGCAGCAGGAGGUGAUUUACCUGUCAAUCACCGCACAGGUGUUGGGAUUCGGUGAGGAGCUGGUCCUGCCCUACGUGAAACGGGUCCUCUGGCAGAAGUGGCGCAACUACCGCUUCGAGAGCUCCGCGGCAAACCGCAAGCGGAGCCACUCCCGUGUGACAGAUCUGCUCCUGAUCGACCCCCCCGACGAAUCCGCCUUUUUGGAACGUGUCCGCACCGAGGCCGAGGCGGAUGAAUAUAAUGUGCACGAUGACAUCCUGGAGAUGUGCGUGCAAUUUGGAUACCUGGCUCUCUUUGGCAUUGCGUGGCCCCUCGUCCCGCUGGGCUUCCUCCUCAACAACUGGCUGGAGCUACGUGGUGACUUUUUCAAGCUGAGCUUGGAAUGUCAGCGACCCCCGCCCAUCCGGGCAGACUCGAUCGGACCGUCGUUGCAGGGAUUGGAGUUCCUCACGUGGUUGGGAACCUUGUCCACCGCAACGAUCGUGCAUCUGUAUCGCGGCCCAAUGAGUGAGGUCAAACUUUCUUCCCUCCUUUUCACCAUCCUUGUCGCGGAACAGGCCUACCUGGCUCUCCAAUUCGCCAUCCGCACCGGUAUCCGCAAGGUGACCUCUGGAACCCUGCGUCGUGAAGCCGCCAAGCGCUACGCCUUUCGCAAAUCCUACUACGAUUCCAUGCACGGCAGCGUCUGUGAUUCGCCUACGCGAGUGAAGCGGCCGCGUGUCCGGUUCAACGAACGGGUGAACGUCUACAGUACUGGCACGGAUGCCGUGUGGACAGACGAGAAGGAAGAGUUGUCAGACAGCGAGAUCCUGUACUCGAACGAGCGGGAGGCGCAAUUUUGGGGCUCGCACGAGUGGGAGACGGCAGACGCGGGCGUCAAGCUGAUCCGGGCGUUGAGUUCCGACCCGGAGAAGAAGAUGAAGGUCAAGGGAAAAACACUUGACUAG